AGGAUGCGGGUGUCGCUGCUGAGCCCGCUGCUGCUGCUGUCCCUCAGCGCCGGCCCGCACGCCGCGGAGCUGCCGCUCGGCCGCGCCAAGUGCCCGGCCCGCUGCGAUGUCUCCACGUGCCCCAGCCCCAGCUGCCCCAGCGGGUACGUCCCCGACCGCUGCGGCUGCUGCCUCAUCUGCGCCGCGGGCGAGGGGGACUCCUGCGGCCGCAAGGAGGACCCUCCCUGCGGGGACAGCCUCGACUGCCGCUACCCCAUGGGCAAGCGCUUCGCCAAGGGCGUCUGCCAGUGCAAGCUCAGCGCCCAGGUGUGCGGCAGCGACGGCCGGACCUACGACAACAUCUGCCAGCUGAAGGCGGUGAGCCGCAAGGCGCUGCAGCACGGGCUGCCCGCCGUCGCCCAGGUCCAGAAGGGAGCUUGUGAAUCGGGUCACCUACAGUCCAGCAGCCCAAGAUACAAAUUCAACUUCAUAGCUGAUGUGGUGGAAAAGAUUGCACCUGCAGUUGUGCACAUUGAACUUUUCCUCAGGCACCCUCUCUUUGGUCGGAAUGUCCCCCUUUCCAGUGGAUCUGGGUUUAUUAUGUCUGAUUCUGGUUUAAUUGUGACCAAUGCUCACGUGGUGUCAAGCACAAAUGCAAUAUCAGGGAGACAACAACUGAAGGUACAGCUCCAGAAUGGAGAUACCUAUGAAGCGACCAUCAAAGACAUUGACAAGAAAUCUGACAUUGCAACAAUAAAGAUUCACCCUAAGAAAAAACUACCAGUAUUGUUACUGGGACACUCUGCUGAUCUGAGGCCAGGAGAAUUUGUGGUGGCAAUUGGAAGUCCAUUUGCCUUACAGAACACUGUGACCACAGGUAUUGUCAGCACUGCUCAGCGAGAUGGCAAAGAGCUGGGCCUCCGGGACUCGGACAUGGAUUACAUCCAGACAGAUGCCAUUAUUAAUUAUGGCAACUCUGGAGGACCUCUAGUUAAUCUGGAUGGUGAAGUGAUUGGGAUUAACACCUUGAAGGUCACAGCUGGAAUUUCUUUUGCUAUUCCUUCAGACCGUAUCACUCAGUUUCUCACAGAGUCACAUGACAAACAAAGUAAAGAUGGGAAGAAACGUUUCAUUGGCAUCAGAAUGUUGACAAUAACACCAGCCCUGGUGGAGGAACUGAAGCACAGUAAUGCUGAUUUUCCUGAUGUCAGAAGUGGAAUUUAUGUUCAUGAAGUUGUUCCAAACUCACCUUCUCAUAGAGGAGGGAUCCAAGAUGGAGACAUUAUUGUGAAAGUCAAUGGGCGUCCUUUGCUGACUUCCAGUGACCUGCAGGAGGCUGUGAUGAAUGAAUCACCUCUACUGCUUGAAGUUCGACGAGGAAAUGAUGACUUGCUAUUUAACAUUGAGCCUGAAGUUGUCAUGUAAAUAGAACUGAGGGAACUCUCACCAUAAUUAAACUCACUUAUUCUGGAACACUAGAUACCUCCUUUACAGCUACAGUAAUUAUUCUUCCUGUUGACUAAUGACAAGGUGGACUAACUUAAUUGCCUGAGCCAUUUCUGUACAUUGUAGCUUGAAUGACUUCAAAGAUGUCAUUUAUAGAAGAUUUAGAUUGCAAAGAAACUUAAGAACUGUUCUGGGGAGGAGGAGAAAAACUGAUUUUGGGUAGCUUGUAGAAAUGGGUUCCACUUCCUGUAGCUGCAGAUGCAGAGCAGAUUCAGUUCUGCAUAUGGGCAGAUCCAAAUACUGCUGGAAGUGAGGAAGUAUAUAAAAGAGGGAUUUUUUUCUUAAACUGAAAUCAUGGCUGCAGCAGACCCAGGUCAUUGCAAUGCAAAAUUGAGCUUUUUUUUUUUCCUCUUUAUGUAACUUUCAAUGUGAACCUAUUAUUGGCAAAGCUUGUUCUUAGUGCUUUUGUGCUCCAUGUCAAUGCAGGUAGAUGAAAUCUGUAAAUAUUGAAAGGAGCAAAAAUGGUGUCAGGCUAUAGAGUGUUACACCUAGGUCAUGCGAUUUUUGGAAUAUAGUAAAUGAUUCUUAUAGAAUUAAUGCCUUAUAUAUAAAUCAAAACGAUGUGCUGAACAAAGUUACGUUUGAGAAAGUGCACAAUUUUUUAAGAAUUUGAUACAAACUUGUUUUGCAUUUUUACUGGUAAGCUUUGCUGUAAAAUUGUUACACUACUUUUGGCUUUGACUGUGUAUGUUUCUACUGUAAGGAGAUUAAAGUUUACACAAAUAA